UAGCCUGCUCGAUGGCUUUGUGCCCGUGCUUCGCGAGAUAGCGGCGACAUUGUUCUCUGGCUGGUGCCUCUUUCAAGAGUCCACUUCGACGAGCUCCUCCCCUGGCCCUGCUAAAGAAGCACUGGUGCUGCGACAAUGCGCGUCUCUGCUAUUACUGGCGCGAUCCUCCUGGUUAGCGCCACGCAUGCUCUGACGCCUCCCGUAGUGCGAACACGAAGCGGUGACAUCAAGGGACUCCGCCUCAACGUAUACGGAGAGAAGGUGAACGCAUUCCUCGGAAUCCCUUAUGCAUCGCCUCCACUAGGGGACUUGCGCUUCCGCAAGCCGUUGCCAAAAGUCUCCUGGUCCAUUCCACGAUGGGCUAGGGCCUUCGGUAAACGAUGCAUGCAAGAACUCUCUCUGGACGGGACACCUGAGCACUACGCAGUAGCGCCGGGCAUGAGCGAAGACUGCCUUUACCUCAAUGUGUGGUCACCCGUCAGCGACAACAGCACCAAGCCCGUCAUGGUCUGGAUUCACGGCGGCAACUUCAAAGCCGGCUCCUCGGAUAACCCUGCAUUCGACGGUUCCGUGCUCGCCGCGACUCAGAACGUGGUCGUCGUAUCGUUUAAUUACAGGCUUGGAUUCUUCGGCUUCCUCAACGCGGUCCACAGCAACGCGUCUGGGAACGCGGGCUUAUACGAUCAGGUGCUCGCGCUUGCGUGGGUUAAGGGCAACAUCGCUGCCUUCAACGGAAACGGGUCGCAAGUCACCCUUUUCGGCGAAGGUGCCGGAAUCGCAGCCAUUCGACUUCUGAUGAUUUCGCCCUCUGCCAGAGGCCUUUUCCACCGUGUCAUCAUGCAAGGAGGCGCUGCGCACGCCGCCAAAGCGGCGGAGAGCACAAGCAGGAGUCUGCUCAAGGCGGAUGCCCUGGCCGUAGAGGUGGGCUGCUCCAAAGCGGGCUACUCGAUCGUCUCACACCCGGAAGACGUCAUCGAAUGCCUUAAGAGCCGGUCGGCUCACGAGGUCCUGCUCGCGCAAAUGGAACUGCGACACCACGGAAUCGAGGCCCCGCUGCCCACGCACGGAACCGAGUUCCUACCGCACAACCCGGAUCUCAUCCACGACCUGAGGGGCUUUAUGAACGUCGAGGUCUUGAUGGGCCACAACCGUGAGGAAGGCCGAAAGCUGGUGUCGCGAGUCUUCGAAGGCCGCUUCGAUGCGCUCAAGCAAAGCAACAACAUGACGAAGGCAGAUGCCGAGGUAGCGCUCCACGUUCUGCUGAACGCGCAAGGAUACCGGCGACCAGUGGCUACCGAAGUGGCCAGCCACUGUCUUAAGCACGCGGCCGCCUUUUGCGACCACCCGAGGACCCUGGCUGAUCUGGUGGAGGGCUGCGCAGCCGACGUGGCCGCCGGCUGUCCCGCGCUCGCCUUCGCCCGCAGACUCUCCAACGCCGGUCUGACAGUGCACUUAUACGGGCUCGACUACGUCGACGAAGAAGUGGAGGGCCACUUUCACACCGAUUCUGAUCAUUCUGCUGAGGCGACGCUCGUGUUCGGACUGCCUAUGAGGUUUCCCGGCAAGUUCGGAGAGUCGGACCGGACCUUCAGCCAAGAUAUCAUGACCGCUUGGGCUACGUUUGCGAAGCAAGGAAGGCCUCCCGUCUUCGAAGGCAUCUUGUGGCCUCGCUUUAGUGAAGCUCGACCAAUGUACUUGGGCAUCAACGAGGCUUCGGCGCACUUAAAAGAAGCGGACACUUCGCUUUGUGGUCUCCUAAAGAAAUAGAAUGGUGGGGAACCGAGCAGUCAGCCAAGUAUAUACAUAUACAGGUUGACCAUUUUUUAGUGUUCUGGAAAUUUUAAAAAUCGCCUGUAGCAGAUAGCAUCAUUCUUGUCCUUUAGCUGGAUUAUUCGAGGGAGCGGACAUUACCAGCUCGAGAAACGGAAACACAUAUUCAACUAAUUAACAAGUGUACUAAUUAACUUCUUAAUCAAUCACUUUAGGCACCUAUUGUAUUUUACGAAUGGCAGCCAUGGCGCUUGCAAGACGUAUCCAUUUGAAAUGCAUUUCCAGGAUGACACCAGUUUCGAGAUAUUUCCCGAAGUGGGGGCGAAAUACAUGGGCGUUCCAGUUACUUUUGUGCUUAAGUGCAUAAAAGAGGGUUUUGUUAAAUAAAGGGUAAGUGGAACAACAGUGCCUUUCUGCGUCGAGUUUGGUGAGCAUAUCUCCAAACUGGCGUCAUUCUGGAAAUUCAUUCCAAGUGGAUACGCCUUUCAACCUCACCGGUUAUAAUUCGUAAAUUGCAAUAUGUGCUGUAAGGUAAAUAAUUCAAAAGAUAAUAAGUGGAUUUUUAUUAAUUAGUUGAAUCCUUGUUUCAAUUUCGCGUGCAAGUGAUGUCCACCUCUGAAUAAUCCAGCUCAAGGACUAGAAUUAUGUUAUCUGCAACAAUAAUUUUUUUUAAUUCGGUAAAUCUUAAGAAUUACCACCCUGUAUGUACAGGCUGUCCCAAUUAUCAUGCACCAAGAUUUAAAGAUAUGCAAAUGCCAGGUAGCUGAACAGAACCAAGGUAAUGUUGUUUGCCGUCACUUGGAGGUACUCAGAUUAUUUUUUGCAUUCCACCUAAUUACAAAUUUGCCUUAAUUGAUUGAUCAAAUUCUCAAAUAUUAUAAUUAGAUGAAAACAGCCUGAGAAAAUUGUAUAGCAACACGAAAAACUGCCGAUACAGAUAUUUUAAAAUCUUGGUGCAUGAUGAUUGGGACACCCUGUAUAUAAAUGUGGACGAGAGGAAAAGAAGCCGAGCGUAAUGCCAAGACGUGGCUUCGUAUCCUACCUGCAACCAUUUGUUUUAUUUUUCAUUCACUUUCAAUUCCAUUUAUUUAUCCUUUUUAUUUCAAUUAAGAACUGCAGUUAAUUUGCCCUAGGCCGUCCAUGGUGUCAUCGUUGACUUCUCAUAAUGUAACCAAUAUAUAUCCGGCUCCUCGGUUUUCUUUCUUCUCGUUCAUUACGUAGUGAGUGUCUCGAAUCCGGCAAUUUUGAUGUCUUCAGGUAGGAUGUGUGGGUUUAUUGACGCGUUGCCUUCACCCAAAGAUAUCACGUAGACGUGACGCCAUCGGCAGAAAGGAUGUCCCACAUCCGCCGCCAAGGCCGUGAGUGGUGGUGCUGGCUAACACUCCCAAGGUUAGUUCUAGUAGAUAAACAUAAAUACACCAGAAAGUGAAUGGGAAAACGGCGCCGCGGUAGCUCAAUCGGUGAGAGCACCGCACGCGUUACGCGAAGACGUUGGUUCGUAUCCCACCUGCGGCCACUUGUUUUUUCACCCACAUUCAUUUCAUUUAUUUAUCAUUUCUUUAUUUCUAUUGAGAACUGUAGUUAAAUUGCCCCUAUGCUGUCCAUGGUGUCAUUGUGUAUUGGCUUCUUAAGCUAUAUAUGCAUGGGCAUGUCAUGCCUAAUAUACAAGCGACUGUCAUUUCCUUUAUUUUUCGAGUGUCACAUAAGAGGCUAUGUCGGGCUGUGUAUGACUGAGUGCAAAUAAACAACUCAGGCAAACGAAA